GAAUUUAGUUUUUACGCCAUCUGUAAAUCUUUUACUACAAAUAAUGACUGUCGUUCGACGGAGAAGUACCAUGUUUGACAUAUGGUUCCAUUUAUUUUACGCUAUUUUAAUUAAAUUUAAAACAUGGAAUGUCUAAUUUCCUUAAGUACGAAACUAUAUAAUUAUUUUUAAGGUUUAAUGAAUAGAAUUAUAUAAAAUGAAGCUUGUUUUUAAGAAUGUCGAUAAAGAUGGAAAAGGGAGCGUGGCCCUUGUCCCAGAAAAUACAGAAGAUAUAUGGCAUGCCUAUAAUCUUAUUAGUGAAGGAGAUUUUGUUAGUUGUUCUACUAUUAGAAAAGUGCAAAUGGAAUCUGCAACUGGAAGUUCUAACAGUUAUAGAGUCAGAACUACUUUAACUAUAUGUGUAGAAGGUAUUGACUUUGAUACACAGGCAUGUGUUUUAAGACUGAAAGGUAGAAAUGUAGAAGAAAAUAAAUAUGUUAAGAUGGGAGCAUAUCAUACACUGGAUGUAGAACAAACUAGAAAAUUUACCAUCACUAAAGCUAAAUGGGAUUCCAUUUCGCUGGAAAGAGUUGAUACUGCAUGUGAUCCUACACAGAAUGCAGAUGUUGCUGCUGUGGUAAUGCAAGAAGGUAUAGCACAUAUUUGUUUAAUAACUUCCAAUAUGACAAUAGUUCGUGCAAAAAUAGAUCAAGUUAUUCCUAGAAAAAGAAAAGGAAACGUUUCUCAACAUGAAAAGGGUUUAACAAGAUUUUAUGAUAAUAUAAUGCAAGGGAUUUUGAGACACAUCAAUUUCGAUAUUGUGAAAUGUAUUAUUCUUGCAAGUCCUGGUUUUGUCAAAGAUCAAUUUAUGGAUUACAUGGUACAACAAGCCAUUAAAUCAGAUAAUAAAAUAAUAUUAGAAAAUAAAGGAAAAUUUUUACUUGUGCAUUCUAGUUCUGGUUUCAAACAUUCAUUGAAAGAAAUAUUAGCUGAACCUGCAGUAACUUCACGGAUUUCGGAUACAAAAGCAUCAGGUGAAGUGAAAGCACUAGAAACAUUUUAUACAAUAUUACAGACUGAUCCUUCCAGAGCUUUUUAUGGAAAGAAGCACAUUCAGAAAGCUAAUGAAUCUCAAGCUAUUGAGACAUUACUCAUUUCAGAUAAAUUAUUUAGAUGUCAAGAUAUUAAUGCAAGAAAAGAGUAUGUGGAAUUAGUUGAAAGUGUAAGAGAUUAUGGUGGAGAUGUAAAAAUAUUUUCGAGUUUGCAUGUAUCCGGUGAACAAUUAGAGCAACUUACUGGAAUAGCAGCUAUACUGCGCUUUCCUAUACCAGAAUUGGAGGAUGAAAGUGAUGGCGAAAGCGAUUCAGAUGAAGAUAAUUAAGAAGUCUAAAAUAAUACGUUAAUGUAUAACUUUGUAUAUUUGUUUGUGCUGUGCGCAAUCAAAAAUAUAAUAAAAUAAAAUAUAUUAAUAACAAAA